CACGAAGUCUAUCUCAGUCAGCAUCGGCCAAUAGCACGUCAAGCCUGACACCCAGGGCAGCGACAAAUAAUGGCCUCGCAGUGUCCAUAGUCCCCAAACGUACACACAAGAAAUUUCUCUCUCCCGGCUCCAUUGUCAAGCACGAGUACAUGCAGAAUGAUCCAGGUCAGGUUCAAGGACUAAAUCUGGUGUGGGCUGCAUCUGCACGACCAAGUAAGCGGCUCAGCGAGGAGCAAAAGGCACAGAGAAAGAAGAAAAAGGAGACCGGAACAUGCCCCAGAUGCAAGAAGCUUAAGCGGGUGUGCGAAGAAUAUCGUGCCAACCUGUAUCUGCCGUGUGUGUACUGCAUGACUUCCAAGCCCAAAAGUAUCACAGAAACCUGCCAACUUGUGGCCAAUCUGCUCGAGAUCAAGUUUUUUCGACUGGGACCCCCUACCGAUAACUCCUCACAUCCGCUCAAUUUCUUUCGACACCGCUCGAACGUAUUUAAUGUUACGAAUGAUCCCUUAGCCGAAACUCUCAAUAUAGAGCUUACGCAAGAUGUGGGCUGUUCACUCCAUCUCAAGGUCUCACGCUUCGCCGCAGACCCUAAUGAUAAGCUUGCAUAUGAGGGCAACACGCGAGGUGUUCCAUAUCGGCUUGAGAUGCCUCCAUAUUGCAUUGGCGAUAUCGCUGCGGCAGAGAGAAGCAUAGUACAGUACAUGAUACAGGCCAAAGGCAGCUACUUCCUGCAAUUUCUUGACAAGUCCAAUUCAUUGUUGCGUAUGACUUUUGACAUCAUCUGUAAAAGACCCAUGACGUCCCUAGUUCAUAAGGCAAUGGACAUCUGGGCCGCUACGAGACUGAUCGAACGAACUUGGAAACUUUGUGGCACAGAGACAUUUGGUAUACAUCCAACCAACAGAGACGAUGAUCCGUGGAUCGGACACGUUCCUGUAACACCUAUAAUGGACCAGCAGCUUGAUCAAGUCGUAAUUCAGAAAAUAUUGCGACCGCGUCGAGGUAUAUUGCUACGAGAGCUGAAGUUGAGAAUGUAUAGCGAUGACUUGCGCAAGAAGAACAUGUUCGAUAUCUAUCUUACCCUUCUCAUACUUCUUAAUAACGCAGAAAUGCACUUGGCGGGUGAAAGAGAGUUUGCUCUGCGAUACGGGUUUGGAGGGAGAUAUGGACCUUUCGGCAAAUACAGAGAUGCGCAGGAGCAGUUCCAUGCUGCUCGUACUAUGCUGGGUCACUUCCAUUAUAUCUGUCGCGCUAAUGACAUAUUCGAUAUGACUCCAGACUACUUGUCUAAACAUCUAGCUUUGACAACCAUGGAGGUACAAUACUUAGCAUGGCUGAAAACCUAUGUGAAGACCGAAAAAGUGAAUAUGGCUCUCAUCCGGGAGCAAGAUCAAUACGAGACCACGGGAUACUGGUUUCAUCAGAUGUUCGACAAGCAAUGGAAGCCUGGCACAGGUUACAUCAAAGAAAUCGUCGAGAAGGGUGCCGUUGUACGAUGACACUACAUAUAGAACGACAAUUUAGUCUUGUGGAAUAUGUGAAGGGAGUGUUGAGCUAUUGAGUGAGAAACAUCAAACGACCGAUAUACCUCGAGGCAAC